GUUGCGCUUCUCCACGUCCGUCUCUUCUUCUCAGGUCUCUUAUCUCUCUCUCUAUCUGUGUCUCUGUCUGUCUGUCUGUCUGUUCCACACUUCACAAUUCCACUGCAAGAUUUUGAUUAGGAACCAACCAACCAACCAACCAAGACUAAUUUCAGAAAUCCAUUCCACCAACUGAUCCAUCGAUCAGAUCUUUUCCAAAAAGUUAGGCGCCGGAAAGGAGGAAUUUAGGACAUUGAAUUUUGCGACUCCGAUAUGGAGGUUCGACAAGAGGAAGAUGUUCACUCGCGUCACCAAGAACACCAAUCUCUACUUACUCAAUCGAAGCAACUCGUGGCUUCUCCAAAACAUGUUGAUACUAAUUCUGUUACACAGAGGUUACAGAAGGAGCUGAUGGCUCUCAUGAUGAGCGGAGGGGAUCUUGGUGUAUCUGCAUUUCCAGAUGGGGAGAGCAUUUUUAGUUGGAUUGGGACCAUUGAAGGGGGCAAGGGCACUAUGUAUGAAGGUCUAUCUUACAAGCUUGCCCUACGGUUUCCACUCGAUUAUCCAUUUAAGCCGCCUCAAGUUAAGUUUGUGACGGCAUGCUUCCAUCCGAAUAUAGACCAGUUUGGAAAUAUUUGUCUAGACAUUCUUCAGGAGAAGUGGUCUUCAGCAUAUGACUGCCGAACCAUUCUUUUGUCGAUUCAGAGCUUAUUAGGAGAACCUAACAUCGAGAGCCCACUUAACAGCUCCGCAGCAUCCUUAUGGAAGAAUCCUCAAGAGUACAGGAAAACAGUGCACAUGCAUUACUACAUGAGCAGGGAAUGAAUGAGUCAAUCAUUGGACAGCUCUCUCUCUCUCUCUCUCUCUCUCUCUCUCUAUCAUUCCUAGCCAAGGUAAUCAAUCUUUUUCCCCUUAUUUUUGGCUUUUUGUCCCUUAUCACAAUAUCUCUUUUCAUCUUCUUUGGAUUACAUUUACACUAGAUUGGUGGGUACACAAGUCUUGGACAGAUAGAGGUUCACAUAAAAUCAAAUCAAAUGUUGGGAUAUAUAGGGAGCAAUUAUAGUGCUAAUCAGGUCAAAUCAACUUGGUGUUGAUUGACAUCAUUAGACAUUUUGAAAUUGCAUGUAUCAUAGUUCAAAGCUUCAAUGAAAUAAAAAUAAAGAAGUGGGCA